AUGUCUCCGCAUGAUCUUUGGAAUGAUGAUAUCGCGUAUGUCUUCUCUACUCAUAGAACGCUCAUGCAAAAACUCGGUAUAUGGCCGUUGCAAAAAAAAACGGUAUUCACGAUCAUGCAAUGGAGUUUAACAACAAUACUGCAGUUGACGAUAUUCAGCUUCCUAUUUAUGGAACUCCCUGUAAAUCAUCGUGACGCCAGUACAAGCAUAGAAACUAUAUUGUACUUCACAUGCACAAUGAUUUUGAUAUUGAAAAAUCUCUGUAUUAUUGCCAAUCAAAGAAAGCUUGCCAGGAAUAUUGACUCUGCUAUCAGCGAUUGGUUGUCCGCGAAGAAUGAUGAGGAAUCUUAUAAGAUCAUGAAGGAAUAUGCAUUUAAGUCCAGAAUGUUCACUUUGGUUAUACUAUACUCAGGCAACAACAAUACAAUAGAAUGGAUGUUUUUAAUCCCAUCUGGUGAUUUAAAUAAAAAGAUCACCCGCUCGCAGUACGCAAUCCUCAUUCUGUUUCAAAUUUUUGAAGUAGUCACAUUAUGUUUAAUGCAAUGUGUUUCGGAUAGUUUUUACGUUAACAUUACAUUACAUCUCACUGGUCAGCUGAAGAUUCUUAAAGUGAAAUUCAAAACAUUUGCAAGCAAGCCCAAUACCGUGAUAAAUAAUCGGAAGUAUUUGUCCACAUUGAUUGACAGGCACUGCAAAUUAGCGGAACUCAAUCAAAACAUAGAAGAUACCUUUCAUCUGAUUAUACUAUUCCAACUCGUCAUAAUAACACUUUUGCUUGCAUUGCUGGGUACUGUAUGA